AUGAAGGCGCUGUUCGACGCGCUCGGAAGCGAUUUGAAGGUGAUUUGUUUGCAGGAAACAAAGCUGAGCUCGAGCGGCGACGUCGAGCGGCUGGAACGCGUCGAAGGUUGGGACGGCGCCCACGCGGUGUGCGAAUCCUCCAAUCACCGCGUGGGAUACAGCGGCGUGGCGGUGUACUGGCGCUCGAACGAGAUUUGCCCGACGUCGAUCGAGCGGGGAGUGUGCGCGAAAGGCGACGCGGGCGAGUCGACCAUGUGGGCGGGAGAAAUCGCGCCGUUCGCGGACGACGCGACGCGCGCGAAAGAGAUCGACGGCGAGGGCAGGGCGUUGUGGGUCGAUUUCGGUGAGUUCGUUCUGUGCACGGUGUACGUGCCGGCCGUUUUCGGCGAUCCAGCGGUCGAUGAGAAAACAGCCGAGCGCGCGGCGUUCAAGCGCGAUUUUUUGAGCGCGCUCGAGGCGAGAUACAAGAGUCUGCGCGAACGCGGUCGAAAUGUGAUUUUAUGCGGUGAUUGGAACAUCGCACCGUCGUGGAAACUCGAUCGCGCGGAUGAAGACCCGAACGCGGUGGAACCUCGAAAUCCAUCGCGCGAUUGGCUCGCGGCACAACUUGCCGGGGACGCGAUGGUGGACGUGUUUCGCGAAUUUUUUCCGACGCUCGGCGAUGCGUUCACGUGUUGGAACGUUGCGAGUGGAGCGCAGUUGUCCAAUUAUGGAUCACGAAUCGAUUAUUUCUUGUGCGAUCGAGCGGUGACGUUGAAGCGCGUCCGAGGCGUCGGUGUGGCACAAAAAUUUGAAGGGAGCGAUCACGCGCCAGUCUAUCUUGAGCUCGAGGAAUCGAUGUGGAGGCGGAGAGAUUCGCAACAAACGCCUCCGUCUUUGGCGAUUUCGAUGCUUUACCCAGGUCGACAAACCACGGUAGAUUCAAUAUUCGCACGCGCAUCGUCGACGAGCAACGCGACGCCGGAAUUUCUUAACGCGGCGUCUCAGUCGCGAGCGAAGCCGACGCGCCCAAGCGCCCGCGCCCAAUCCCGCGCGGGCGUCUCAGACGCGCCCAAGCGCAAGCCCGAAGCGACGUUGAAAGAUUUCUUCGUCGUCAAGUCCAAAAAGAAAGAGCCGGAUGACCGAAACGAACGCCAACUAGACACAGUAGAACAACCUAUAGCACCCACGGCGAACGCAUUCGAAUCGCGCGAGACGAAAGUGAGCUCCGAAGAAGCGCGAGGCGCGUGGAUGAACACGUUCGCCAAAAUGGCGCCUCCCAAGUGCAAGCACGGCGAAACGUGCAAAGUACGCACGGUGAAGAAGAAGGAGAGCCCACACUGUGGACGCGUGUUCUUUUGCUGCCCGCGCCCGGCCGGCGCGCGCACCAAUCCCGAUUGUGACUGCGGUUUCUUCCUCUGGCGAGAGCAUCGCGCGCCGAAGUAG